AUGGCUGCCACUACUGAUAUCGUUUACCUUUCUGCCACAUAUAAUUUUCCCAUUACACUUACCUCAACAAAUUUCCCAGUCUGGAGGCGCCAGGUUCACUCUACACUCAUUGGCUUCAACCUCCAUGGCUAUGUUGAUGGUUCUAUCCAAGAACCGCCUAAGUUUUCUGGUUCGGCUCAAACAGCCACAAACCCAGAUUAUUUACUUUGGGUUCGUCAAGACCAAAUCAUCGUCAGUGCACUCUUAGAGAGUUGUUCUGACUCGAUUCAACCUCUCGUGUCUUCGGCUUCGACAGCUUAUGAUGCUUGGCAACGCCUCACCACUACUUACGCUAGUGCGUCUCGAGGUCGUAUACUUUCCCUCAAAGCCAAGCUCACUCAAAAUCCGAGAGGUACUCGGUCGAUUACUGUAUUUUUGAAUGACAUGCGAUCCAUCGCUGAUGCACUCGCGUUGGCCCAGUCCCCGGUCUCUGAUGAAGACCUUAUCGUGUAUAUUCUAACGCAGCUCGGGGAUGAAUAUAAUUCAAUCUUCUCCGUUGUUUGCGUCCGACUGAAGCCUAUUUCCUUAGCGGAACUAGCCGAUGUUCUCAUUGAUCAUGAACGUCAGUUACAAGCCGAUGACCGAGCACGCCAAACCGUGUUGGCUACUGCCAAUAUCACUCCUACUACUGCUCCGUUGCGGUCAUUCUCCAAGUACAAUGGUCCGGACUAA